CUGUAUUUUCCGCCAUGCCUGCCUCUGCUUGUUCCAAUCCACCAUCCCAUUCAACCUCGCCGCGGCACCGUAUCCCAAUCUCUAUCCUUUCGCGAAUCCCAAGACUUGGCUGCUUCUUCUUCUUCUUCCUCCUCCUCUUCCAUGGUCUCCAUUCCAUUUCCAGUUCCCAGUUCCUGAGUUCCAAGUAUUUAACCAUCAUCACUUUAUCUCUGCCUUUCACCCUGCUUUACGCCAUUGUUUCAGCGGCAGAGCAAAUCCAUUCACUCUCACCAAGUCUUGGGGUUCCUUUGAUUUCUCGCUAUUCGAUCCAUCCAUUUUCCCGUCUUUCCAGUUUCACGGGGUUUAGGGUUCAGUCAGCUGGAUCUUGGGUGUUAGCGGGUGAGUUCAGAUCAUCAUUCAGUUCGUAAUUCAGCGAUGAGAUAGGUUUGUAUGUUUGAUUUCUCAAUUCUCACAUGCCCAUUUGUUCAAUCAGCCAACUUCAUCUUCAAUUUCCAAGCUUUCGAGUUGAUGAACAUUGCCAUUAAGACCAAUUUCAGCUUAUUGAUGUUUUGAGGCUGUGCCUGAAUUAGAAGGGUAUCUGAAAGUUAUCAAAUUCGGUCUUUAGGUUUGCCAUCGAUUUGAACCCUUUUGAUUAUAGCCCCCAGUGUUGAGCUGGUUGCCCGUUUGAAAGUAUCCCUGAGGUUGAUAUAGCGAUCAAACAAUUCCCAGAAAGGAAGCUUUUUGAGCUUUAGGAAUGGAUAUAAGCAAUGAAGCCACUGUUGAUCAUUUUCCAAUUGGACCAUCGUCCAUCCUUGGUAGGACCAUUGCCUUCCGUGUUCUGUUUUGCAAGUCAAUAGCUAGCUUGAGGCAUCAAAUUUUCCAUACCUUGUUGAAAUACAUCUAUAGAUUUAGGGACUUUCUGGGGCCCAUGUUGUCGUGGUUGCAUCCGAAGAACCCGCAGUGGAUACUGGCUAUGGUGACAAUCAUAGCAUUUCUGUUGAAGCGAUAUGCGAAUGUGAAAACGAGGGCCGAGAUGGCCUAUCGGAGGAAGUUCUGGAGGAAUAUGAUGAGAGCUGCUUUGACACAUGAGGAGUGGGCUCAUGCUGCCAAGAUGCUCGAUAAAGAGACCCCAAAGCUAAAUGAAUCAGACUUCUAUGAUGAAGAAUUGGUACGGAACAAGCUUCAAGAACUGCUCCACCGUCGUCAGGAGGGAUCAUUGAGGGAUAUCAUGUUCUUCAUGAGAGCUGAUCUCAUAAGGAACCUGGGCAACAUGUGCAAUCCGGAGCUUCACAAGGGCAGGCUUCAUGUUCCCAGGCUCAUAAAGGACUAUAUAGAUGAGGUAUCGACUCAGUUGAGGAUGGUUUGUGACUCGGACUCUGAGGAACUCUCUCUUGAAGAAAAGCUAUCUUUUAUGCAUGAAACCAGGCAUGCGUUUGGAAGGACAGCUUUGCUUCUGAGUGGAGGUGCUGGCCUUGGAGCCUUCCAUGCGGGUGUUGUCAAAACCCUGGUGGAACAUAAGCUUUUGCCACGUAUAAUUGCUGGUUCGAGUGUGGGAUCGAUUAUGUGUUCGGUGGUGGCCACUAGGUCCUGGCCAGAGCUGCAAAGCUUCUUUGAGGAUUCCUUGCAGUCUUUGCAGUUCUUUGAUCAGUUGGGUGGGAUUUUUUCCAUUGUGAAGAGAGUCAUGAUACAAGGAGCUGUGCAUGAUAUCCGGCAGUUGCAAUGGAUGUUGAGGAAUUUGACAAGUAACCUGACAUUUCAGGAAGCUUUUGAUAUGACAGGUCGAAUUCUCGGGAUUACAGUUUGCUCCCCAAGGAAGCAUGAACCCCCAAGAUGCCUCAAUUACCUAACGUCCCCUCAUGUUGUGAUAUGGAGUGCUGUAACGGCUUCUUGUGCUUUUCCUGGACUCUUUGAAGCCCAGGAAUUGAUGGCAAAGGACAGGAGUGGAGAAAUUGUUCCAUAUCACCCACCAUUUAAUCUUGAUCCAGACGAAAAGUCGGGCUCAUCUGCUCGUCGAUGGAGGGAUGGUAGUUUAGAGAUUGAUUUACCAAUGAUGCAGUUGAAGGAGCUCUUCAAUGUUAAUCAUUUUAUUGUGAGUCAGGCGAACCCUCAUAUUGCACCAUUAUUGAGAAUGAAGGAAAUCGUUCGAGCUUAUGGGGGCAACUUUGCAGCCAAGCUUGCUCAUCUUACUGAGAUGGAGGUGAAACAUAGAUGCAAUCAGGUACUGGAACUUGGCUUUCCGUUGGGAGGCCUUGCCAAGCUCUUUGCUCAAGAUUGGGAGGGUGAUGUCACUGUCGUUAUGCCAGCAACACUUGCUCAGUACUCGAAAAUCAUACAAAAUCCAACACAUGUGGAGCUACAGAAGGCAGUCAACCAAGGGAGAAGGGGAACAUGGGAGAAGCUUUCCGCCAUAAAAGCCAACUGCGGCAUUGAGCUUGCACUUGAUGAAUGCGUCGCUAUUCUCAACCACAUGCGCCGGCUCAAACGGAGCGCCCAGAGAGCUGCUGCUGCUUCUCAUGGUCUCCCCACCAACGCAGCUGGCAACAACACCACAGUCAAGUUCAGCGCCUCAAGAAGGAUCCCCUCAUGGAACUGCAUUGCUCGUGAGAAUUCCACAGGGUCACUCGAGGACUUCCUGACAGAUGUUGCUGCCUCCUCGUCCCAACAAUCUGCCAGCGGAGGAAGAAAGCAUCGGGAAGGAAGCGACAGCGAGUCUGAGAGCAAUAACGACGUGCAUUCCUGGACAAGAUCCGGUGGGCCACUGAUGAGAACUUAUUCUGCGAACUUGUUCGUGGAUUUCGUCCAGAAUCUCGACGCUGAUUCUGAGAUGGGCCGAGGAUUGAUGGCGGGGUACCCCAACUCCCCAGGAGCUCAGGUCGGAAUGAGGGAGCCUUACACUAACCAUACCUCCCCCAACUCCCCAGGGGCACAGGUUGGAAUGAGAGAUCCUUACAAUAACCUGACUUCCCCCAGGGACACAUCGUCAACUAGUGGUUCGAGCAUAACUGUAACUGAAGGUGACCUCUUACAGCCUGAAAGGAUCCAUAAUGGUUUCGUGUUGAAUGUGGUCAAGAAAGAAGACUUGGAAACGCUGUGUCAAAGGCCUCAUCGUUUGGAAACCUGUGGCACUGACGUUCCUGAGACUGUUAUGCUUGACUGUCCAGAGAAAGAUACGGAUGCCAGCUCAGCAUCAGACUAUGCUUCUGAUAAUGAUGACAAUGGUAUUAGUCCGGCAGAUGAUGAAGCUUCACCGUCAACUGCUGAUGUUGAUGAAUCUAGUGUCCCUGCACAGAGCCGAGAUUUGGAUGAUGCCUAGGUUUUGAACGGAGAUUAGAUGAAACCUUGGAAUCUGAUUCUUCUAGUUGUCUGGAAAUUGCAGCAAACAGGGAUAGGUUGAUACAUUCUUAGAUUCAGCUUGAUAGGCUUCUAUGCAUGCUUGGCAUUGCCAAAUCUAUUGGCUCUACAUGGAGUUGAUUGUAAAUUGUUUGAUAUAAUAUUAGCAUAUGAUUCCCAACAUACUUUCGAAGCGGUUCAGUGGAAUGGAAAUAAAGAAGCUGUGGAAUGAAAAUGAAAAAUAAAGAUUACUUGAAGCAUUCAUA